AUCCCUGAAGUGGGCUUGUGUUCAGGCUCCUUGUGCCUCAGCAGUACAGCACAACCUGUCUCUACACUGGCACAGAUCCGUCCCCUGCCUCAGGCAUUCCCCAGGGAAAACAGCCUGUGCACUGUCUGGAGGCAGGGACAGAAAUUCAUGCCUUAUUAGCUCCUGAUUCUGGCUUUGCCACACAGGGACUGUGACCUGCAACGUGCCACUUCCCUGGCACUGUCACCCGUCCUGGCAUCUGCCGAGCCAGUCCUGCUGAGUCCCUGCCAGCAUCAUCUGGCUGCUGUCCCUGUGUUCUGUCCCAGCUGUCACCAGCACUGUGCCAUAAACCCCUCUUUGAUUGUGUCUCCGUUUCCCCAAAGGGGAUGAAGUUUCAUUUCCUUCAUUGCUUCCAUAGGAGCAGGCAGCAACUCUUCUCCCUCUCCCUCACCAUUUCAGACACUAUUUCCAGCUUGUUGAUUUCUUCCCUUGAGUAAUGUCUUGUUUACACUCAUUUACCCUCCAGCCCUUUGGCUUCAGCAAUUCCUUUCCUCUGGGGAAAAAGAUGAUUUUCCGAGGAAAGUCAUGUCUCAGGGCAGCCCCAGACAAUUCCAGCCCUCAGUGUGUUUGCUCUGCCAGGUCCCUCUGCUUGAUGCCUGUUUGCUGCUGUGAGCAGAGGUAGGGCCAGCUUAAGGCUACCAAGCCAGACCAGUGCUUCAAUGGUCUUGCCCUGUCAUCCCUCGUCUGCUCUGAAAUUUCUUUGAGCAAAAGCAUCAAGGGGUGAGUGGUGCUGCUCCCAUCUGCUGUGUGCUCUGACAUCAGGAGGAGGAUUUGGGAGUGCACCCCCAGUGCACCCCAGGGGCAAUGUCCUGAUGCUGGAGGCCACGCGAUCCAGGUAGCUCCUCACAUCCUGGCUGCAGGCGCCAGGCUCAGCAGUGCAGUGAGCUGUGCUGGGGCUCAGCCUGAGUGGGAGCGGGGAGCAAAGGUCUCUCCUGGUAAGUCUCUCCACGCUCCCUCUCCAAGAUCCCUACACCGCCUGCUCGAAUCCAGCCCCACCGGAGGCUCUUUCAGCUCCGGUUCAGCCCCUGUGCAGAGUGGGAUGGUGCCGGGAUACGCUGAAUGAGGAGGGUCCCGGGAUGCCAAAGCCCUUCAAGGUGUCAUCCUCGGGGGGAACAGGGUCUACCUGCGCCCUGCCACCCUGAGAGAGGAUGAAGAGACCGAUGAGUGUCCCUGUGCACACGGGCACCUGCCUGUCCCGUCCCGCGGAGUGGCAGUGCCCGCAGCCGUCGCAUGGAGCGGUGGAGCGAUUCGCAGCCCCCUCCCCCCUUACCCAUCCCCCCCUUACUCACCCGCCGCCUCCUCCCCACCUCCGAGGGGUCGGGGCGGGCUGGAGAGCCCGGGGCCGGGGAGCCCCCGCCCCGCAGCCGACAGCCCUUCGCCGCCGCAAGGGGAGCGGGAGCCCGUGGGCUCCGCCGGCUCCAGGAGGGUCUCGGGCAGGUGCAGCACGUGGAGGAGAGAGGAGCCGCGGGUGGAGCAGGGACACGCAUCCUCGACACGCGCCCGUGGGGCUCAGGAACGCGUGAGUACCUCUGUGUGCGCGUAUCUGUGCGAGUGUGUGCGGGGGGCUGCGGGACGGCAAGGCGGGAGUGCUCCUUGAGGCCGGGGGCUGCCAAAGGACGGGGUGCCCUCACGGAGGACAGGCUGGAGAGCAGACAGACACUGGGAACGGGGAGGGAGCUGAGCCGGACGCGGAGCAAGGGGCGAUGCUGCGAGCGCAGCAACUUCCUCGCACCGAAGUGUGACAGGAGCCGGCUGGAGCCACCUGCUCCACGGGAGGGUGAUUCGGGUGACCCAGGGGUUGCACAUCUGGAAGUGGGGACACGCCAAGAAGCCGCAGGGUCCAUCUGCGUGUCCCCGAGAUGAGCCCGGACAACUAGGUGCUGCACAGGCCCCCGUGCCCGGCAGCGCCAGGGCGGCAGCGGGGCUGAUCGACGCUUUACUCACCACCGAGGCCAUGCAAAUGACAAAUGCCGGCGUUGCGAAGGCUCCUGGCGGGGCUGGAGACGCCUGCCUGCGCCGCCCUCCCCUGGGACUCUCGGAGUCAAUGGGGUUUAUUACUUUAACGUUAUUUCCUCUCUCUCUGAGGAGCAUCUUUUCGGCAGUGCUACGCUGCAGAUGAGGAGCCAACCCCUGUCAGGAAUAGAGGUCUCGGCACCGGGAUUUGCCCAGCCAGCGGUGGGAAAGGAAGCCCCCAGCACACCCCCGGCUCACCCACCAGACUCUCAGCUCACAGAGAACAAGAGGGAGAAGGUGAAUAAGGGCAGGCGGCUUCUCCGAGCUGAGCCGAGGGGAGAGCAGCCGCAAGAUUUCGUUAGCCUGCCUCUUAAGGCAGUGAAGUCUCCAUCCCCUCCCACACUCCCUCCCCAGCCUGACCCUGUCCGGCGCAGGGGUGGUGGGACCUCAGCCUUCAACUGGAGCUUCUCAACAAGCCCCAUGAAUCCUUACGUCAACUGCUCCAGUCCCGAGUUCCCCCUGUCCCAGCAAGACUUUCCUGUGGAGCCCAUCAGUCCUGAUCUCAGCAAUAGGACUCACGCAGAGACUUUGUUUGACCCCAAGGAUGCCAACCUGACAGAGGAGCAGCUGCGGGAUAAGUACCUGGGGCCUCGACGGUCCAGCUUCUUUGUCCCCGUGUGUGUCAUCUACCUGCUGAUCUUCUUGGUGGGGGCUGUGGGCAACACACUCACCUGCAUUGUCAUCCUCCGGCACCGGUUCAUGAGAACACCCACCAACUACUACCUGUUCAGCCUGGCUGUGUCUGACCUGCUGGUGCUGCUGCUGGGGAUGCCGCUGGAGCUGUACGACAUGUGGAGCAACUACCCCUUCCUGCUGGGUGCCAGCGGCUGCUAUUUCAAGACACUGCUCUUCGAGGCCGUUUGCUUCGCCUCCAUCCUCAAUGUCACAGCCCUGAGCGUGGAGCGCUACAUUGCUGUGGUGCACCCACUCAAAGCCAAGUAUGUGGUGACCAGGAAUCACGCCAAGAAGGUCAUUGUCACCAUCUGGGUCUUGUCAGUCAUCUGCUCCAUUCCCAACACCAGUCUCCAUGGGCUGCAGCCUCUCUAUGUGCCAGGCCGGGGGCGGGUGCCCGAUUCAGAGAUCUGCACCCUGGUGAAGCCACGCUUGACCUACAACCUCAUCAUCCAGAUCACCACCAUCAUCUUCUUCUUCCUGCCCAUGGGGACCAUCAGUGUCCUCUACCUUCUUAUCGGCCUGCAGCUCAAGAAGGAAAAGAUGCUGGAAGCCUUGGGAGCCAAGACCAGCAGUAGCCGCAACUGCCACAAGAGUCAGGGGCAGAAGAAAGUCAAGAGGAGGCAGGUCACAAAGAUGCUGUUCGUGCUGGUGGUGGUGUUCGGGAUCUGCUGGGCUCCCUUCCACACCGACCGCCUCGUCUGGAGCUUUGUCUCCACCUGGACCAGCAACAUGCUCCACAUGUUCCAGUACGUCCACAUCAUCUCAGGUGUCUUCUUCUACCUGAGCUCGGCUGCCAACCCCAUCCUCUACAACCUGAUGUCCACCCGCUUCCGGGAGAUGUUCAAGGAGGUGAUGUGCCGCCCCGGCCACCGCCCGCCGUGGUCACGGAAAUACUCGCCCAGCGUCACCCGCACCACCACCCGCAGCACUGAGUGCGAGCCUGUGCCCGGCACCAGCGGGCUGCCCCUCUCCGAUGCUGAGGAGUACGAGCUGGAGGAGAUGGAAAGGGGCCAGGCCACCACCCACACAGCGUCCCUCUGCUGAAGAGUGGGGAAACACGGAAGGACUGGGACCAGCUUUCCUCACCACCAGCAUCCACAUGACACUCAUUUUGUGGUGGGGAGUGGGGCAGGAGUAAUGAAGGGGUCCCUGACUCUCUGGGCUCAUCCCACUGGGAUGCAAAGGCUGGUUGUAUCGACAGCACUGCUCCAGGGACAUGGUGGCAGUGGCCAUGCUGUGCCCUGGAUGCAUUGCACGCACUGUGCUCAGCAUUAGGGCUGGCCAAGGCAUCCCUUGUGAUGUGGGGACAGUUGAUUUCUAUGUCAGAGAUAUGCCAGCAAUUCCCAAAAACAUCCCAGCCCAGUGGGGUGAACACGCAGGGGCUGGUAUUGGGGGUGUCAGGCACCCCGGGCUGUUUUGGGGCACAGUGCUGGAUGGGUGCCUUGAGAGGUGCUCCUAUCUGGGGUGAGACCCAUGGAGGUGGGAGAGGUUUGCAUGGGAUGGAGUGGGGAAAAAACAGUCUGUGGGUGCCUUCUCCCUCAAGAUGUCCUCAGGGCUCUCUGGCACCAACAUGACCCUGAUUUUGUGGCACCAGUGGGGCCAGCUGGUGUCCAGCUGCAGGGUGAUGGUACAGUUCCUUCCUCUCAUCCUGCAUUCCCAGCCCUUUGAGGGCAAGGGAAGGAGUAUGGCUGCUCUCUCCAAAGAUGGAGUCUGCAGGGGAAAAUACAGGACAAAGGGAGCCCCUGACUGCCUGUAGUGCCAAGGCACAGCUCCAUGCCUGUCCUUGUGCCCCAUGAAUAUGCUCCCCUCUCCCCUCUCUGAUUAACAUCUCAUGGGUGCCACCCUCUUCUUCCUCUGCCCACUGAGGCCCCCUGAACCCCUGGGGAAUGUGCGGAGCCCUUCUCCAUCCCUGCUGUGCACGGAUUGAGCCUCACUGAGAAUUAAAAAGGGUCAUUGGCUUGA